AUGUCGAGGUUUUUUACGACAACAUACGAUUCAGAGGACUCGUCGGACGAGGAAUUGCUCUCCUCGAGUGAGGAGCUUCUUUCAUCGUCGGAAUCCGAAGCUGGAGACGUUUCUAGCGAAGAAGGUUCUCCAGAAGAAGAGGAUGAUGAAAGUGACGAGGAUUGGGACUCAGGCUCCGGUUUGGAUUCUGAUUCCGACGACGACUACCAGGCUGGUAAAGUUAGAGGUCCCUCGUAUUUCUUGAAGAAAGAUUUUAAGAGCGGAGGAGGAGACAGUGACUCAGACAGUGAUGGAGAAGAAAAGAGGGUUGUCAAGAGUGCCAAAGAGAAAUACUUGGAGGAGAUUGCCAACCUUGUUGAUCAAAUUGAGAACUACUCCAUGGUUGAGGACUGGAUCAAGAUCGUCAGUGAGUUUGAUAAGUUAAGCAAAUCCGUUCAAAAGUCCGGCCAAUUCCAAAUCCGUGUUCCGCGUUUAUACAUCAAGUCGCUUGCAAUUCUGGAGGACGCCAUUACCUCCUUCCAAGAUAAAGACGUCAAGAAGAAGUUGAACUCUUCUGAAUCCAAAGCAUUAAACGUUGUUAAGCAGAGAGUGAAAAAGGCCAUUAAGGACUAUCAAAGCGAAAUCGAUCAAUACAGAAAGAACCCUGAAGCUUAUGAGAGUGGAGCUUCCGUGGAACCAGAAACACCUGUUCAAACAGAAACCAGCAAGUCGGCUCAAGACUCCGAGGGUGCUGGAAUAUUCACAAUUUUGCGUUCUAUCAUAGAAACCAGAGGUAAGAAAAAUGUGGAUCUGAGCGAGCAAAUCGGUCAGUUGGAAGAACUCACACAGUUGGCUAAGAAACCAUUCCAUUUGAUAUCUGUUUACCUGUUGCUGGUUCCAAUCAGAUUCGACCUGUACUCCAAGGCUGCGUUUAUGCCUCUUGAGCAAUGGAGAUUUGCUCUAAGAGACAUUAAUGCAUUGAUGGACGUUUUGGAGAAGAACCGUAACUACAUUGUCAGCGAGACCGCUGCUCCUGUCGACGAUAUUGAGACCGAGCCAGAGGCCGACGCCAAUGGUGUCAGACAGUUGAUUGGUUCUAUUGCAUCGUUAGUUGAAAGACUUGCUGACGAGCUCACCUCGCAUUUGUUGGCCAUCGACCCUCACUCCACAGAGUACGUUUCCAGAUUGAGAGACGAGUCUUCCGUGUACACUCUUUUGGUGAGAGCACAGGUUUACUACGAGUCGAUCAUUUCUAGAGAGGACUUGGCCACACCAAAGGGCGACCAAUUGGCAAGAGUGAUCUUGAAGAGAUUGGACUACAUCUACUUCAAGCCAUCCAAGCUCAUCAUUUUCAGCGAGAACACUGUGUGGAAGAAGUUGGAAGAGUCUUUGGACUCGCCUAUCUACUCCAAGUUGACCGAGUCUGGUCCACAGGGAGUCGAAUAUACCAACGGAUUGAUCGACGCUCUCUGUCUGGUGCUCUACGAACAGCCAAACUCUGUGUUCAGAAAGAAGGCCGUUCUCUACCACAUUUACUACUAUGCUUUCAACGAUCAAUACUUCAAGGCCCGUGACAUGUUGCUGCUGUCGCACUUGCAGGCCACCAUCCAUACUGCCGACCCUCAAUUGCAGGUUCUUUUCAAUAGAUCUCUGGUGCAACUUGGACUGAGUGCUUUCAGAUGUGGUUUGAUCCAAGAGGCCCAACAGUCUUUGUACGAGAUUGCCACCUCUCCAAGACAGAAAGAACUGUUGGGACAAGGAGUGCAGAGAUUCCAAUUGCAACAAUCACAGGUCGACAAACAGAGACUGUUGCCUUUCCACAUGCACGUGAACCUGGAGUUGCUUGAAUGUGCAUUCUACACUGCGUCAAUGUUGACGGAGGUGCCAUUGAUGGCCCAGAACCCAGACUUUGCCAAGAGAAGAGUUGCCGUGUCGAAGUCUUUCAAGAGAGUGUUGGAGUACCACGAGAGACAGAUUUUCGACGGACCUCCAGAGUACACCAGAGACUACAUCAUGCUUGCUGCUAAGGCUCUGCUCAAGUCUGACUGGCAGAAGGCCAGUAAGCUGAUCAACUCGAUCAAGAUCUGGGACCUGUUCAACAACAGCGACAAGAUCAAGGCCAUGUUGCAGGAGAAGUUGCAGAUCGAGGCCUUAAGAACGUACUUGUUCACGAACGAGUCGUUCUUUACCAAACUGUCGAUCUCGAACCUGGCCACCAUUUUCCAGCUUGAGGAGAGAGUUGUCAAGAGCACGGUUUUGAAGAUGAUCUCGAAUGAGGAGAUCACCGCUCUGUACAACCAGCCGGCCAACAUCCUGGAGCUUGUCGAGAGCAACAAGCCAAAGGCCUCCAAGCUGCAGGAGCUUGCAUUGAACCUGAGCGAGAAGGUGAACCAGAUCGUCGAGAGAAACGAGAGAUUGAGUCUUGGAGGGUUUCAAUAUCCAUUGGAGAAGAAGCAGAAUAGACCAGAACGCGCCAACGGUGUUGCCACUAAGCAGUAA